AUGGCUAAACGGCAACUAACAGAAAGUGAAAUUCAACGUGCCCUUGUUGAAAGUGACGAUGAAAAUUUUUUUGUGCGUGAGAACGAUCGUGAUAAAGAGAAUUUUUCUGUUGACAGCUGUUCUGAUAGUGACAGUAAUGUGACAGAACCAGCAUCUGAAAACGAUGAUGAACAAUUAUGGAGUGAGACUGAUGAUGUACCAUUACAAGAAUACGUCUCAAUUGACACUUAUAAAGGAAGAGAUGGAACAACUUGGAAAUCAGAACCUGACAGGCAAAGACGAACGCCUCGACACAACAUAAUUCGCGGUGGUAUUCAUAAAGUGAUUCUUCCUCCGGGGCAAGCUAUAAUAGAUCCGAUAGACAGUUUCAGCCUUUUUUUCGACGAUUACGUAUUAGAAAUAAUAGUAAAAUAUACCAAUACUGAAGGGCUAAGAGUUUUACAAAAUCGAUGGAAAUCAACAGACAAAAUCGAAAUGCAAGCAUUUCUAGGUCUUUUAUUGACUAUCGGCAUCAAUAAACAGGGAGGUGUGGAUUUUAAAGAAUACUGGGAUCCUAUCUUUGGCAAUCCAAUAUUUCGAGCUACAAUGGGAAAAAAUAGAUUUGCUUCUUUAUUACGAAACUUACGAUUCGAUGAUAAAAAUACUAGGUCCCUGAGAAAGUCCAAAAAUAAACUUGCACCUAUUAGAGAAUUAUGGGAAUACGUAAACCAAAACCUGAAAAAGUUUUAUUUGCCUGGAGAAAAUCUAACCAUUGACGAGCAGCUUGUCACUUUUCGAGGACGCGUAUCAUUCAAACAGUACCUACCCAGCAAACCUGAUAAUGUAUGUAUUGAUGUCGCAAAAUCUUUGGCACAAAAUGGUCUUACAAUAGUUGGAACAUUGAGAAAAAAUAAGGCGUGUAUACCUCCAAAUUUUCAACCCAAGAAAACCCGCGAUAUUGAGUCUAAUGUAUUUGGAUUUUAUAAAAAUAUGACAUUGGUCUCUUAUGUACCAAAAAAGAAUCGUGCUGUAAUUUUUUUGUCUACGAUGCAUCAUGGAAAAGAAGUAAAUGUGAACAAAAACAACAAAUCUGAAAUAAACUUGUACUACAACUCCACCAAGGGAGAUGUCGAUACGCUGGACCAGAUGGUUCAUGAGUAUACAGUUCGGCGUAAAACAAAUAGGUGGCCAAUGGCAUUUUUUCAAAAUAUUAUAGAUGUUGUUGGCAUUGCAUCGCUUAUUAUAUGGAAAAAUAUACAUCCUGAUUGGAACUCACGAAAAAAAAAUACACUAAGAAAACGAUUUUUACGUGAAAUCGCAAUCGAUUUGGUAACACCUCAUAUACGGAGACGAAGCAUGAAAGGACUAUCAAGUUACCACUUAGCAGCCAUGCAAGACGUGGCAGGGCCAAAUCAGGAAGCUGCUCAAUCAUCUGAAACAGCUGCGAAAAGGAAGAAGCGUUGUUAUAUUUGCCCUUCGAAAUUAUCAAGGGCUUCAAAACAGUGUUGUGAUAAAUGCAAUCGAAAUGUAUGCUCCGAACAUUCAGAAAAAAAAAUUAUUUGUAAUACCUCCUGUCCUUAUACGGGGCUCGAUUAG